AAAGGAUGAGUAACGUUGCCGCUGGGUUUCCUGAAGAUGUUGCGGCAACUUGUAUGUUUUAAAGGUUAAUUGAAGUCCUUUCUUCUAUUGAUUUGUGAUUGGCUGGAUUAACCAUAUAAUGCCUACAAUGUUGAUACUAUUAAGAGAUAUGGCUGAACAGGGACAAGUUCGAAUCACUCCAAGUGGGAGUUCUCGAAGACAAGGAAGGGGACAAUGUAGAAGGGUACGUCGUCGCAGGACUUAUUUCUAUAAUGAUUCAGACUUGGAGCCUGAAGUCAUCAGGAAUAUUCCAAGGGCGAGACAAAAUGAGUUAAGGGAUCGAAGGGCUGAACGAAGGGAAAGAGAAAAGAAAUUUAGGGAGUUUAAGGAAUUUAAGAUGGGCCCUGAUGUUUCCGUUCCUGAACAUGUACACCUUUUUAAGAUAAAAAGAGUUGAAUUGGCUAAUUACGUAGAAAUUACUGAUUGGGAAGCAUUACCUAUUUUAGCGGACUCUCUUCGAGAGCCUUGGGGUGAAAUUUUAACUGAGAUUUAUCAUGAUGUUUGGCCUAGUGCACCUUUUAACGUAUAUGAGCAACAGUUAGUGUUCGAUUGGUAUAUGGAUGUCCUAGCAAAUAUGUAA